AUGGAUCCAAUCAAAAUACCUCGAGCUUCAGCUUCUGCGGACAUAGAAACAAUCCUGCAGCUACUAAAUGAAGUUGGUGGGGUAAUUAUCGAAGGACUUCUUCGGCCCGAUCAAGUUCAGAGAUUCAAUGCCGAGCUCGAAAAACCGAUGAAUAGCCUCCAGGCUGGCUCAACACACGAGGAAGAAUUCAUCCAAGACUUUCACGGUGCGCAGACUAAGCGCCUAACAAAUGUGUGCACCCAUAGCAAGGUUUUCAGAGAUGAGGUCCUGGACAACGACCUAGUCCAUCAAAUCGCCGCCAAGAUCUUCCACCACGAGUCCGGCACAUACUGGAUGAAUGCCGCUCAAGUCAUUGAGAUCGGCCCAGGCAAUAAGGCCCAAGCCUUGCAUAGGGAUAACAGCUCAUACACCGCUUUCAACGCAAUAGGCCGUGACGCACCCGAGGUUGUCAUCAAUUUCUUGGUGGCCUUGACCACCUUCACCGACAUCAACGGAGGCACGCGUGUCAUCCCCGGAUCCCAUCGGUGGUCUGACUUUUCAGUGCAACCAUCACCUGAGGAUACGAUUGCCUGCGAGAUGAACCCUGGAGAUGCACUCUUCAUCAAUGGCAAAAUUCUUCAUGGAGGAGGGGCCAAUCGCACAUCGAACGAAAAACGUCGGGCGAUCUCUUUCAGUUUGCAAGCUAGCUUCCUGACACCGGAGGAGGCAUAUCCAUUCCAAGUGAGCCUUGAUAUUGUGAAGACCAUGAAUGCCAGAGCUCAGCGCAUGAUCGGGUUCCGAUCACAAUUUCCCAAGGGCUCGCCCGGGCUAUGGCAGACUGAUUGUGGCGAGCUAGGUGAUAUGCUAGACCUUAAAGGGGCGGACCCUCAAUUGCGAGAAUACAUGAGUGCAGCCAGUCUCACAUGA